UUUUAUUCUCAACUUCCGUCACCCUUUUCAAGUCAACUCUCUCUCUCUCUUCUUCAACUCCAUCACCAAACGUGAACUCUCUCAACUUCAAACCCAUCUCUCUCUCUCUCUUAGAGAAAGCAAAUUAAGAAUUGAACAUUUCCAAUUAUCCAUAGUUUCUCUUCCUACUAGCAGAAAUGGGAAACGGAAUCGGAAAGCUAACUCCGUGCUUCGCGGGAGAUAUUUCACGGCGGCGCAACGACGUGGCGCUGUGCCUCUCGGAGCCGCUGGACGAGGGGCUGGGCCACUCCUUCUGCUACAUCCCGCCCGACCCUCUUCACAAAAUCCAAUCUUUGGACGACCCACCAGCCUCGCAAACGACGACGGUGUAUCGCACCAUCUCCGGCGCUUCCAUCUCCGCCAACACCUACACCCCUCUCUCCACCGCCUACGCCGCCGCUUCUGACUCAAUCGACAAAGCUUCCGCCUUUGAGAGCUCCAAUUUCUUCUCCUCUAUCCCGCUCCAGCCAAUCCCCAGAAACUCAACCGCCACCGUUAAAUCCGGCCCGAUCCUCAGAAACUCCGGCCCAAUUUCCGGCCAAAUUGAGCGCGGAUUCCUCUCCGGCCCGAUCGAGAGGAGCUUCAUCUCCGGCCCCUUGGAGAAUCAGUACGAUCAGCAGCUGCAGAGGUACAAGCCCAAAUCCAAUAAAUGGGCUUUAAUCAAGAAUUUCAAGAGAAUUGUAUCCAAAUCAAUCAGGGGUUUCUCUAAGGAAUUGAGAAGAAAUCACAAUCAGGAAAGUCACCAUCAUCAAAAUAUAGAGCCCCAAAAUCACAUUCAAACAAGUAGUAGUAACAGCGGGAACAGCAGCACGAUCACAAGCCACAAUUUGAGCACAGAUAUGAGCUUGAUUGAUGAAAACGACGACGUUGGGGAUGAGUCUUUUGGUAGCCAAAAUUUGCAGUGGGCGCAGGGGAAAGCAGGGGAGGAUAGGGUUCAUGUUGUCAUCUCUGAGGAGCAUGGAUGGGUUUUUGUAGGCAUCUAUGAUGGAUUCAAUGGCCCUGAUGCAACUGAUUUCCUCUUGAACAAUCUUUACUCAAAUGUGUCUAAAGAGCUCAAGGGUUUGCUGUGGAGUGACAAGGCCAAUUCUUGCGAAAAUACAGUGAAUAGUGCUUCAUUCAUGUCCAAGAGCUUGGACAGUAAGGAAAGGGUGGAUCUUGACAGGAAGUUGAGGGAGAAGUUGAGCAAUUUAGGGCCGGAUGGAAUUGCAGGUUCGGACAUGGCGCCUGUGAACCAUUUGGGGGUGUUGAAGGCCUUGUCUGAGGGGUUGAGGAGGACGGAGGCCUCGUAUUUGGAGAUAUCAGAUAUGAUGCUGUUGGAGAAUCCGGAGCUGGCCUUGAUGGGGUCUUGUGUGCUUGUGAUGGUGAUGAAGGGAGACGAUGUUUAUGUGAUGAAUGUGGGGGAUAGUAGGGCGGUGUUGGCUCAGAGAGACGAGGAUGGUUGUGGUGUUGGGAGGGGGAGGAAGGAUAGUGAGGAGGUGCUCUAUGGCUAUGAGUAUGAGAAUGUGCACCAUUUGAGUUCUUGUCAGCUCACAAUGGAUCAUGGCACUUGUGUUAAAGAGGAGGUGAGGAGGAUAAGAAAUGCGCAUCCUGAUGAUCCGGCUGCAGUCAUCAAUGAUAGAGUGAAAGGUUCCUUGAAGGUGACAAGGGCAUUUGGAGCUGGUUUUUUGAAACAUCCAAAAUGGAACAAUGCACUUCUAGAGAUGUUUAGGAUCGACUAUGUUGGAACCUCACCGUACAUCAUAUGCUCACCUUCUCUCUGCCACCACAAGCUAGAGGCGAAAGACAAGUUCUUGAUCCUAUCUUCCGAUGGCCUCUACCAAUACUUCACCAAUCAAGAGGCUGUCUCAGAGGUUGAAACAUUCAUGGCAAUGUUCCCAGAGGGGGAUCCGGCUCAACACCUUGUCGAGGAAGUCCUGUUUCGUGCAGCCAAGAAAGCUGGUAUGGAGUUCCAUGAGCUUCUUGAUAUCAGACAAGGCGAUAGAAGGAGGUACCACGACGAUGUCUCUAUUAUCAUCAUCUCCUUCGAAGGGAGGAUAUGGCGAUCGUCGGUGUAAGUAGUGUUAGUAAAAUAUAGAGAUACAGAUUAGGAAAAAGUGCAUAGAAAAGUUUUUACAGUAUUGGAGAGUUGUUUUUGAGGGUGGAAAUACCUACCAGUGUGUGUAAAAUUAUGUGUAUAAAGUUGGGAAUUUUGUAAGUUAUGGUGCUAUCUUGAAAGUAACAUUCUUGAUCAAGAUGUGCCAUAUUUCAGCGCCAUUGAGCUCUAAUACUAAUUCUUUUGUUCUUUGCUUA